AUUAAAUUCGUAGAGCUUCGAAUGUUUUUGUGCGGACAUUUCACUUUCUUUUCAAUACCAAAUCAAAUUAUCAAGUAAAAAUUGUAACAGCGAAUGAUGGAUCCUAAUAUUUAUGAAAGCACAUUUGAUGACAGAGGUGUUUUUGAAGAAACGGAUAAAAAGGUGAGCGAACAAAAGAAGGAAGCAGAUGCUGAGAAAGCACGUUUGGAUCGGUGCCGACGAAGGGCCGAAAGAAAAGCUAUAUGCCAUUGUGGCCAGGGAUCUAGAACUAGAACUAGAUCUAGAUCUAGAAGGAUAAGACGAAGAAUUAUCUCACAGAAUCCCUAUAUCAUCUUUUAUCUUGAGAUGUAUUAUAAAAUGCCUGGCAAACAUGUGACAGAAGUCGCCCGUCAGGCUGGCAAGGAAUGGUGCGCUUUGCCUCAGGAAGAGAGGAUGAAGUACAUACGUCUGGCAGAAAGAGAAAAGAAAAGACGACGAAGGUCUGGGAGGGGACGGAGGAGGAUAAGAAGAAGACGCAGGAGGAUAAGAAGAAGACGUGGUCGAGAUAGUGAUUAAACAUUCUAAAAAAAAAUCCGUUAGUUAUUACAAAAGAAGCAAAACAUAUAUAAUACGAAAAAUAUGAGAAACUAAAAAAUAAACUAUGACCGAUAAAACAACAUAUCGAAAAUUUCUGCUUGUUGAAACACUUUUAUAACCUUUAAAUUUUUAUUUUAUUUCAAAGUUGCAGA